AUGGGGGAGAGCGGGGUGCCCCCGCAGGUCCAGCUCUUCCUCCGCGCCUGCGAGCAGGGCGACUGCGAGACCGCCCGACGCCUCCUGGGGCUGCCCGGCGGCGGUGGCGGCGACCCCGCGGCCCCCUCCUCCUCGUCGUGCGGCCCCGAGGAGACGGCGGCGGAGCCCCGCGGCGAAGCGUCGUCCCCGCCGAGCCCCGCCGUGCCCGUGGACUGCACGGACGAGGCCGGCAACACGGGGCUGCAGUUCGCCGCGGCCGGGGGGCACGAGCAGCUGGUGCGGUUCCUGCUGCGGAAGGGCGCCUCGGUGCAGAGCAGGAACCACUACGGAUGGAGCCCCCUCAUGCAAGCGGCCAGGUUUGGACAUCUAAGCGUGGCCCACAUCUUGCUGGAGAAUGGUGCUGAUCUCAAUGCACAGAACAAGUUAGGAGCCAGUGUCCUCACAAUGGCCUCCAGAGGCGGUCAUGUCAGCAUGGUGAAAUUGUUGCUGGAAUCUGGAGCUUUUGUGGACAAUUACGACCAUUUUAGCACAAAUGUACUUAACAGCAGCAGAGAUGACCUUCCUGAUAUCACUCCACUGAUGGCAGCUGCUCAGCAUGGACAUGAGGCAGUGGUGCAUCUGUUGCUAGACUGGGGAGCUGAUUGUAACUACACCAUAAAGACAAUGGGCUGGAGCCCUUUAAUGCUGGCAGCUGUUAGUGGAAAGGUGAGCAUGGCACAGCAGCUCGUGGAGAAAGGUGCCAACCCUGAUCACUUGAAUGUACUACAUAAAACACCUUUUGAAAUCUCUGUUGGCUUCAAACACAAAGACAUGAAGGACUAUUUGGAAUCUCUCACAACGAUUAGGCCUCAGGCAGAUGCAGAAAAGAGGCAACCUGAUGUCUUUCAUGCUUUGAAAAUGGGAAACUUUCAGCUGGUUAAAGACAUCAUUGAUGAAGAUCUGAGUCAGGUUAAUGUUACCACUGUUGAUGGUGCAUCUCCCUUAAUGAUUGCGGCUGUAACUGGACAGCUGCCCCUUGUUCAGUUCCUCGUUGAGAAAAAGGCUGAUAUUGAUAAGCAGGAUAAUGUUCAUGGCUGGACAGCACUAAUGCAGGCCACGUACCAUGGAAACAAAAAUGUUGUAAAGUAUCUGUUAAAUCAAGGAGCUGAUGUUAACCUUCGUGCGAAAAAUGGAUACACAGCGUUUGACUUGAUAAUGCUGCUGAAUGAUCCAGAUACAGAGCUUGUAAGGUUACUGGCAUCAGCAUGCAUGCAAGUAGAUAAAGACAAGAAUAAAGUGAACAACAGAUCAUCUCUGCCUCGUUCCAGAAGUAGGCAAUCCUUAAAUGUCCCGAUCUUGCCAGAUGACAAAGGAGGCCUAAAGUCCUGGUGGAGCAGGAUGUCCAAUCGAUUCCGCAAGCUGAAGUUGACUCAGACAUUGCGCCAUGGAUUUCCUUCUAAUCAGUUUGUGCCUUUUCCGGAUGAGGCUGAACCAUCAUUAAAUUCCACUAUAAAAGUAGCCUCACAGAGUGAUACAGACAUCUCUGGAACCCUUGAUGCUGCUCCAGCUUGGAACACAAAUAACAAAUCUAGUGGUGCAAACAGUGUGAAAGGAGAAAAGGACGAUGAAUUAUUGAAAACUAUGCUGAGGAGCAGUGCUCCAUUCACCAGGCUGCCCAGUGAUAAGCUGAAAGCAGUGAUACCACCUUUCUUACCACCCUCAAGCUUUGAGCUUUGGAAUUCUGACCGAACCCGACUCAGCAAGGAUGGCAAAGCUGAACAGAUGAGAACUGCCUGGCCACAGAGAGCAGUCAAGCACGAUUUUAACAGCAGUGGAAACUCUGAUAUAACAUCUGUUAGCAAAGGUACUAGACCAGUCAAAUUGCCAGCAUUUGCAAGAAGGCCAGCAUCUCCUUCAAAUUCCAAUAACUUCAACCAUUCUCCCCAUUCUUCUGGUGGAUCUAAUAACAUUGCAGGAAUUAACAGGCAUGGAGGAGAACUGCAUAACAGAUCAGGUGGCAGUGCAGAUAAUGUUUUGUCUCAGAUUGCAGCCCAAAGAAGAAAAGCAGCAGGCUUACCUGAACAGAAACCCAGCCAACAGCACAGUCCAGUCCAGUCAACUCCUUCAUCUACUGUGUCGGAUUUGCAGUGUGCUCAGGUUGUUGGCAAUGGAAAUGUUGUAAAGCAGAAACUGGAAAUGAACAAAAGACCUCCAUCUGGGACUUCAUCUACAUCUAAAAGCACGUCACCAACUCUCACACCUUCUCCAUCACCUUCCCCAUCUCCAAAGGUCCAAAACGCAGAGUCUUCUGUCUCUUCUUCUCACAGACACGCCAAGAGCAAUGGCUCCAGCAGUGGUACUAUUACAGAGGAUGGCAACCAUUUGGUGGACCAUCAACAACUUGGCCCUAUUCUGAGAGCCAGUGAUGUAGAGAAUUAUGAAAGACAAAACCAUGUGAGAGUAAAAGAGGGCUCUGAAAACUUGGAAAAAGAUGAGCUGACUGGCAUCCUUAAAAAACUGUCACUUGAGAAAUAUCAGCCUAUAUUUGAGGAACAGGAGGUGGAUAUGGAAGCUUUCCUCACACUUACUGAUGGUGAUUUGAAAGAGUUGGGUAUUAAAACAGAUGGAUCAAGGCAGCAAAUUUUGGCAGCUAUUUCUGAACUGAAUGCAGGAAAGGGUCGAGAGAGACAGAUUUUACAAGAAACUAUACACAACUUCCACUCUUCCUUUGAGAGUAGUGUUAGUAACACACGACCACCAGGUCAUUCCCAAUGUAUUACUAGGUGAGCAGAAGCUGUUUGGGAUUUGAUUACCUGAUGCAAAGAACUGGAAUUACUCAAGAAGCAAAUAAGCAUAGAGGUCUAAUGUAUCUCCAAGCAACUUGCUGACCUUAAGUGUCUUGAAGGCAUCAAAGGACAAGAAUGGUGGCUCAGAGCUGAGGAGAGCUUCCUUUUGUAAGAAUGGAGACAACAGUUGCUCCAGUUGAGCUUUUGACAAGAGGCUGCAAGAAGGCUGCCAUAAGAGAUAUAACUUUUGGGUUUUUGUGUAUGAGAGCUCCAUGAUACAGAUUUGGCUAUGAAACAGAAGCACUAACAGAGAAGAGGAAGACAACAUAUAGCUAAAAGAAGUUUCUGCACCAGGUAAGCUGCUUUUUAAUGUAAAAAGUAGCAGUGGAAUCCUUAUGCAGUCUCUGGAACUUGAAGUAAUUUCCAGGAAUGUGUAGUAUUUUAGAACAUAAGAGCAGCUGUACCAAGUCAGAUCCAAGGUCCAUACAAUUGUGUUCAACUUUUUCAUCCAGUCGCAUCUGACACUGAUUUGAAGAGCUACUUACUUUCAUUUGCUGUGAACUUGCCAUGUCCUGAUUUCUUUUGCUUCAUCAUACUGGAUCAGAAGAUACAGUGAGCAGUUGUUUCCUCUUCACUGCCUCCAUGCCACUGAUGAUUUUACAGAUCACUAUGAUAUCCUUCUUCAUUCAUGGUUUUUUCGAGGGAAAGGCUUAUAGGCUGCUUUGUCAUUCCCUGUACCAUAGAUUUUCUAACCUCUUUUCCUUUUCUGCUGUUAUCUUUUCAGACCUGGGAGAUACCAGCCUGGCAUACAGUAUUAAAUAUGUAGGCAUAUUAUGGAUUUACAUGACAGACAGAUGUUUGUUUUUCAGUUGUGUUCUCUGCUUUCCAUUCUCUUGCUCUUUCCUAGUUAUUUCUGGUACUUUGUGUUGGCUAUCAUUGAAGACUGAAUUGGUAUUAAUUCAAAUUACGUCUUACAACCCAGCUGAUCCUACUGAGUUUGAGCUCACAACCUAUAGUUUUAUAUAAACACACAUACAUCAUCUUUUCUGUUUGCCUUACUUCAUAUUACUUAUCUUUGUAUUACUUUAUCUUCAACAAAUUUUGUCACUAUCUUAUUGUUUAGGCACAGAUGUCAUAUGAAGUCUUUUUGCCAGUCUUCUGUUUACCUUUCUUUUUACUUACAUGCAUAACUUUGGAAAGUUUUCCCCUUCACUCUCUGUGCCCUUUCAAAAUGAUAUAUUGCAUAUACUGUUCAUAUCCUGAAUAUCCUUAUGCAGAUGCCUAUGAAAUACUAGUGGUGAAUCUCUCUACUAUGGAAAAAAUCAUUAUUUACUGCAAACUUCUGUCCUCUGCCUCCCUAAGAGUUUAUUUAUCUACACAAGAAAUUUUAUUUUUACGCUGUGGAUUCCUUAAGGGCUAACCUUGAACCUUGUGAAGUGUCUUGUCAAAAUCCAAGCAUCAAAUGGACCUCUUUAAUCUACAAGACUGUUGGCACCUUCAAGGAAUUCUAGUAGGUUGGUGAGGCAAGACUUCAAAAAUCCCUUCUUGAUUGUUUCCAACAAAAUUUCAGAUUGUUACAGGUUUUACUGAUCUGGUUGCUAUUACUUUCCAGCUCACUGGUCUCUGUUUCCCUACAUUUCCUGUUGAACCAUUAAAAAGAUUUGCAUCACUGUUAUCACAUCUCAGUUAUGUGACAAUUUGAACAACAACCUGUGUUCUGUACGCAGCAGUUCAGCUGCUUAGUCCUGCUUCUCUAGGACAUCUGGCUUAGAAAUUUGAUAUUACUUGCUUUGUGUAUUGUUUCAUAUUCUUUUGUGCUAGUACUUCAGGUUAAGCUGUCUUGGACUCCCACAUAAAAGUUUCUGAAAUGGAAUCCUUCCACCCUACCCCAUGCCAGGGACACUAGGUUGGGCUGUGUGAGUUCCUUGCUCCAGUCCUUGCCUGACCUGGAUAAGGCAGAGGAGUGUAAAUGAUUCAGAGGUUACUGGACUCCCAAGCCAUUAGGUUUGGAAGAACCAUGAAUUCUGAAGAGGCAAACAGUACUUGCUUGGGGAAUGUUGCCUCCAUCUCUUUUUUCAGUGGAAAUUAGUUGGUCACUUUUAGAAAAUACUGAUAAAAUUAUUCAUUCCAAGAGUGAAGGUUUUAGCAGGUUUUGACACUUUGCUGGUUUGACUACUAUUGCAUCUUGGAAAAUUGACAAUGCACCCUGGCCAUGAUAAGAGAAACUACUAGGAACAUAAUGCUUCUUUAUAGCCUAGUGAAUGUGUCCAGCAAACACAGAAUUACUGUUCUGCUUUGCCAUUUAGAGCAGAUAUCCAGCCCAUGGAGGCAUGAGGCUCUGAGGAACAAAGUCCUUUGUCUGGAUUCCAACUUCAGUGAAACAGCAAGUGGCAGCAUGAAGUCCAGCUUUCUGAGAGAAUGGGAUUUAACAAAUAAUAUUAUCCCAGGAGGAGUUUCUGUUUGUGGUUUGAGGUGACCUUACAGGAUUCUGGUAAAAAAAGAAAACUGGACUUUCUGAAUGCCUAGUUGCCAGGACUAAUUGUUUAGUUUAUUUUUGGGAGCUGUGGUAAGAUUCAUGCUGCCAUUAGCUGAGUGCAAUGAGGAGGUUGAACAGAUCUGACAGCGGUGAGCAGGUUAAUUGAAACAAAUGACACCAAAGAAGACAGAGUUGCAUUUCAACACAAACUUGCCAAAUCGGAAAUGAAAAGAUGAA